AUGGGGGAGAAAGAUGUUUGUCAUUCUUGUUUGACAGCAGUGAGAGUGCUGCGAGUUUCCCUUGUGGACGAGCUGGAGGCGCAGGUUGACUCUGCGCUGGAAGCGUUGGUUAGUCGGGAUGUGUUCACCCGAGACGACCGUGAGGACGUGCUGUGUCAGCGGGGACCCCGGGCAAGAGUCAGGAAGGUUCUGGACAUCCUGGAGUGUAAAGGCGAGGAGGCAGCAAGAGUUUUUCUCUCCAUCAGAAGUCAUCUUCAGCACUGUGAAGAGAGGAACGAGGCUCAACCUCCGUCCAAACAUGGACCAGACACUGAGUAUAACAAAGUUCAACAAAAGCACAAGGAUGUUCUCAGGCGCAGGAGUGAGAGCAUGCUUCUCUACAACAGCCGCCACGGAGAGAAAAUCCUCUUCUCUGAACGUUACGUCAGCCUCAUUUUGGUUGACGGACACCAGGGCCUGGAGAUGAAAAGGCACGAGGUGCUCACCUUCGGACAAAGACGACUACACCUGCAACAUACUCCAGCGCAGAGGAAAAUCACACCGGCUGAACUGUUUUCAAGGUCAAACCGAAAAUCUGCGGUCAGGAAGGUCCUCGUGGCGGGCGUGGCGGGAAUAGGGAAAACCGUCCUGGUGCAGAAAAUGCUCUUCGAUUUUGGGAGAAGCAAAGAGCACCUGGCUUUCGAUUUCAUUAUUCACAUGAGCUUCAGAGACUUGAAUCUGAUCGACGAACCCACAAACCUCCGAGAGUUAGUCCUACGUAAAAACAGGCACCUCGCUAAGGAACUGGACAACGUCUUGGCUAACGACGACAAACUGCUGAUCAUCCUGGACGGCUUCGAUGAGUUCAAACACCACAGGAGCUGCGACGUCGAGGCAUUUGUGACGGAGCCGGAUGAAGAUGCAGAGGUGAAGGAGGUUGUGGGGAGUCUGCUGUUGGGGGAACUUCUCCCCAACGCCUCCGUCCUGCUGACGAGUCGGCCUGUAGCCGUCAGCCACAUCCCCGUGGGCUGCGUCGACCGCUUUGUUCUCAUCGCUGGUUUCUCCCUAGGUGAGGUCCGGGAUUUCUUCUCACGAUAUUUCCAAGACGCUGCGCUUGCUGACCGCAUGUUUGAAACGGUAUCGGCAAACGAACUGAUGCUGACGCUCUGCUACAUACCUGCAUUUUGCUACAUCGUGUGCUGCAUCCUCAAAGACAGCAGAAAUCUCUGUGGGGAAAGCCCCAAGACCAUGACGGAUAUCUACGUGCAGUAUCUGGUGGCCUUGCUUCGUUCUCACACCCAGGAAAGAGCUAAAACAUGUCUUCAAGACCAAGGCACAGGAGCGAUGGAGAAGCUGUCCGACACCGUGAUGAAGCUCGGUCGACUUGCCUUCCAAAAGCUUCUGGAGCACCAAACACUAUUCUACAGCAGUGACCGAGAUGUGGCGGCGUUAGAGGGGUGCAGCCUCGUCGGGACCUUCCUUGACAAGACCAUUGCACAAGAGCCCGGCUGCACUGAGGAGGUGUUCUCCUUUGCUCAUCUCACUGUUCAGGAGUUCUUCGCUGCGCUUUACAUAGCGUUGACCGAUCAGCCCUUACCAGAUGAGAUUCAGGGCAAAGCAAGUCCUGCAGAGGUAUCAAACACCGGACACUUGGACCUGUUCAACCGCUUCCUGUCUGGAAUCCUCUCCGACCGGAACGCCAGUUUUCUAUCAAGGCAGGCUGGGCUGUGUUGCAGCGAGGAAAAGGCGGAAACUUAUCGUAAAAAGAUCAUCACAGAUCUCACAAUGCUCUGUGAGAACGGAGCCCAAAUUCUGAACUGCUUACACUGCCUGUUUGAACAACAGGACCCAUCUUUAGCUCUGGCAGUGCAACCGAGGAAACUCAGGAUUAACGUUAGUGAUGAAGCACUCUCUCACAUGGAUUACAAUGCCAUCAAGUACUUCCUAAACCACACAACGGGCAGAAUAUCAGAGCUGGAUCUCACUGGGACUGGAGUGAGCUGUGACGAACUCAGAGAUAUUCAACCUCUGCUGGUUAGAUGUGAGAGUCUUUGGCUUGGAGAAAACAACUUUGAUAUGGAUGCAGUUCAGGUCAUUGCAGAUGUUCUGAGGGUCUCAGAUAAUGUCACCUACCUGGGACUAGGAUGGUCAAAUAUUGGCGAUGAUGAACUACAGGCUCUUGGCAGUGCCAUCCGUGUGAAAAGAAAGCUUGAGGAAUUGUGGGUGGAGGGGAACCGACUGAGCUCCAGAGGUCUGUUGUCACUCAACGAUUUGAACCCACAUCCUUUGAAAAAAGUUGUAGCCAUAUGGAAUGAUUUGUAUAACACAGAGCCAGAGUCUGUUUCCACCCAAGAAAGCAUUACUUUGAAUUUCACAGACGACAAUAUUUGGGAAGGGUGGGUGGAAUGGGUCUUUAAACGCUGUGAGGUCAGCAGCAAUGAGAAGUUAGUAAUGGUACUUCACAAGGUUUGCAACAUAUCGGUCCACUGUGUAGAACGUCAGUGGGCAAAGUCCUUCUACAAUAAGCUAUCACAGCUCAUCGAGAGCAGGAUUGAAUGCUGCACAGAAGAUGACAUGUGCAAGAAACUUAAAAGAUUUUACAGCAUUUUAAACAAAUGAAUCUGCGGCAUCAUUUUAGAAAACCUAUAAUGUGACUCAAAUAAACAGACUCAUGCAUAUAAAU